AUCUCUUUGAUCUUUUGUCUGCUUAGUGCUUUUGGUUCUUCGUUUCCGAAUUUAUUUCUUUUUUGAACUGAAUUUGGGGGAUUUUUGCUUCUUAUUUUUUGGGUUUAAAGCCACUGCCGCCCUUGCUAUCUACCUAUUUGUCAAUUGUCAAUGAUGAAGAGGAUAUGGAUAAUCCCAGACGCUUUCCAGAAGGAAGCAAUUCUCCAAAAAUUUUCUGAAGAUUAUAGAAAGUUCUCAUCGUGUUACACAAUUGGACGAGGUUCAGCUAAUACGUUGUGGAUCCGAGGACUAGCAGGCAAGGUAUCUUCUUCCCAAUCCGCCUGGCCAAAGUUAUUUACUUUAUUCGCAGACAAGUGCUAUCGUUUCGAUUCGUUGGUCAAUCAGGAUAUGAGAAAAAAAGUUUCACAUUUAAAGGAUGAGUUAUUAGCAUACAGUGGUGAUGCUGAAAGGAUUGAGAAAUUAUUAGCAGAUAGAGGGGUUUUGUUUUUUAGUAGCUAUGCAGAUGGUUCUGCGGUUGUUGAGCUCUUAAAGCAGCUAAAAUCUUCGCCCAGACUAGCGCUCCAGGCUUUUGACUGGAGAAGAAGACAAUUGGAUUACCCGACUCCCAUGACAUAUGAGGAGUAUUCCAAGGCUAUCGUUGUGGCUGGAAGGUUAAAGAAUGUUGAUCUUGCAGCCAAACUAUUCAAGGAAGCUUCCAACAAGCGACUCAAGUCGACCUCUUUAUAUAAUGCCCUCAUGACUGCAUACAUGAUCAAUGGUUUGGCUGUUAAGUGUCAAUCAGUUUUUCGGGACUUGAAGAGGGAAGCAACAUGUACCCCAACUAUUGCAACAUACAACAUACUGAUCUCUCUGUUUGGAAGAUUAAUGCUGAUAGAUCACAUGGAGGCAACCUUACGGGAAAUAAAUGGUUUGGAUGUCUACCCAAAUGUUGGUACGUACAACUAUUUAAUUGCUGGGUAUAUCACAGCGUGGAUGUGGGAUGAUAUGGAAAAGACGUAUAGAAUCAUGAAGGCAGGAAGUAUCAAACCUGAUCUUACUACCCAUUUAUUGAUGCUUCGAGGAUAUGCAAAUUCUGGUAAGUUGGAUAAGAUGGAAGAAAUCUAUGAGCUUGUCAAAGGUCAUGUUGACCGGCAUGGAAUCUCAUUAAUUCGAUCUAUGAUAUGUGCUUAUAGUAAAAGUUCUGAUGUAAAUAAAGUUAAAAAGAUUGAGGAAUUGAUGAGGUUGAUUCGUAAAGAUGAUUAUAGGCCUUGGUUGAAUGUCAUAUUAAUAUGUUUCUAUGCAAAGGAGGAUCUAUUAGAUGAGAUGGAAAAUUUGAUAAAUGAGGCAUUUGAAUGUAACACAUCCGUCACAACGGUUGGUGUUAUGCGUUGCAUCAUUUCAAGUUACUUCCGAAACAAUGCAGUGGACAAACUUGCUAAUUUUAUUAGCCGUGCAGAAUGUGCUGGUUGGAAAAUGAGCAGGUUCCCUUACCACUGCAAGAUGAUUAUGUAUUCAUCACAAAGGCGGCUCAUUGAAAUGGAGAGAGUUCUUAGCGAGAUGGAUAAAGUGAAUUUGGGCAUCUCAAAGAAAACAUUUUGGAUAUUACUUAAAGCCUACAGAACUUGGGGGGGAAAGGAUAAACGUCAUCAGGUCUUGGGUAUGAUGUGCAGGCAUGGAUAUGGAAUUCCUAUAAAUGGAUAAAGUUGGCAGUUCAUAAUUCAAUUUCCUUCCAUCAUAGUUCUACCAUGCUUAACCUGAUUGUAGUAUCGUUGGAACUUGAGAUUUUGAUGAAGCAGCAGAUGACACUCUAUUUAGUUCUUCUCCUUUGCUUGUUCCCCCUUGUUGCUGAUAUACGACAGACUAAAAUCUCAAGUGAUGAUAGCAUUUCUAUGAUAUAGAAGAGUUAAUUCAAGCAUGUGUGAACAAAAUACCUGCUUAUUGCCAAUAUAAUUCAAAUUGAGGGUUAAUCUAGACUUCUCAUAGUACUUAACUAUAUACCAUGCCUUUUUAAGUGAAACUAAUUUGCCAUGUAUUUCUCUAUUUUGCUUUAUUUGUGGCUCUAAAUCUUCUCCAGCCUUUUCGGUUCAUCGCCAUCCAGCUUGUCUGGGUCUUAGCAUCAUCUCUCCACUAUUAACUUUGUAUGUUCUUUCUUCUGCUAUCCUGUCUUUUCUUCCAGUAUUCUAUAUUUUAUAAGCCAAUAAGGAGAAGGACGAACGCUGCUGCAAAAGUUGUACCAUGUGCAGCUCUAGGAAAGUCGUACGAACAAGGGCAUUUUUUGAGCCUAUUUUAUAAGCCAACAAGGGCAGGAUGAACACAGCAUCAGCUGGUUGUACGAAAGGCAACACAAAAUAUACAGUACAAACUUUUCAAUUAAUGACUUUUCGUGGCCCUAUCUGAUUGGCUAUUAAGUACGUGGAAGAGCAAAAAGAGGAAUUUGUAUGUCAGCCUCUUGCAUGUCCAUUUAUGUAUAUUUAUUUGCAAUUCUUCCUGCUCCGUAUGGGUAUGUGGGUUACAAUUUUGUUGCAUGCAUUGAUCAAUUAUUUCUCUUCACUGUUGGUCUGUUGCGUUUCUUGUGCUCUCCUUCUCCUCCUUCUAAGACAAACUUACUCUCUUGGAGACAUAUCUAAUCUCUGCUGCAAGAGUAAAAGUUUCACCGACUUCAUACGGAAGACCAACACAUAAAUUUUAUCGGAUACUUGACAGAGAAACUAUAGUAGAGCAUGUCAAACCAACCGACGAACUGGAGAAACAACUGCUGUGGUAGACCAAGCUCAAUAUUACAACUUUUGAUCAUAUUGCUCAUAUGACUCCUCCUCCUGUUGCAGAAAUUGGUACACUGCUCCCAAACUAUUAGCUGGCUGAAAUUUAUAUUUCUAAACAUGUACAAACUGAUUAUAUUUCCUUAUUUCAUAUCAGCUUUUUCUCAUCAAAUAUUAUAAAUCUUACAAAUGGCUCCUUUAGUUUUCAGCACCAACUCCUAUGCGUUAAUCAUAUCUAACAGAUGUUUUCGAAUAGACUAUUCUGCAUUCAGCUGAGGAAGUCAUCCUGAAUAAGCUCUAGCGUCACUCAACAAUUCUAAUAGUUCUGUCCUGCACAGAUUAGGAACAGGUUUUUCUGCUAAGUAAUUAACGUGAGGAACACUAAAAAGGUGAAGUCGCUCAGCACAAGCAAGGUGGAGAUGGAACCAUCAGUUAUUGAAUCUGAAUCUUCAAGUUUCGGGCUGUCAAUUGAACCCCCCACGCCAACUAAAAACCUGUAAAAGGAAGUAUCUUCCCCAUUUUGGUGUUAAUGGAAAAGAAUAGACUUUUGGAUUCUCAAUCUGUACAGCUUCACUCGGUAUGGAGGACCAUUCAUUAGGAACUAGGGAGAAUGGAGUAACAAAGAUGAUAUGCAGGUUUUUCAGCCUUUUUGGCCACCUCAACGCUCCAGAUUCAAAGGCAUUUGGAUAUCAGUGCAGAUUCAAUUGAAGGAUCCUUCUCUGGUUCACUGUAUGAUAUGGCGAUUCAUGACUCCCGAGUAACUUCCUCAGAAAUUUCCUUGCCAGAUUCUUUCUUAUCCAUAUAAUGACUGUCUUUGUACUGUAAAAUCACAACACUAAAUGAAAAUUAAGAUAAGUAAGACAUGAUAAACAAAGAAAAACUAUCGUAAAGAAGAAUAGUAACAUCGGUAAUAUGCAAUAAACAUCUUGAUGAACAAAUUCAGGUAAUGCCAUUACUUCAA